AUGAAGACCACCAUCCUCACCCUCUGCGCCGCCAGCGUGGCGUCCGCGCACACCAUCUUCUCGUCGCUCGAGGUCGGCGGCGUCAACCAGGGCGUCGGCCAGGGCGUGCGCGUGCCGUCGUACAACGGGCCCAUCACCGACGUCACCAGCAUGUCGAUGGCCUGCAACGGCGACCCGAACCCGACCCAGUCCACCUCCAAGGUCAUCACGGUCCAGGCCGGCCAGGACGUCACCGCCGUCUGGCGCUACAUGCUCUCGACCACCGGCACCUCGCCCAACGACAUCAUGGACAGCAGCCACAAGGGCCCCACCAUGGCCUACCUCAAGAAGGUCAGCAACGCCGCCACCGACAGCGGGAUCGGCGGCGGUUGGUUCAAGAUCCAGGAGGACGGCCUGCCCGACGGUGGCCAGGGCCUCUGGGGUACCGAGAAGGUCAUCCAGGGCCAGGGCAAGCACAAGAUCAGGAUCCCGCAGUGCAUUGCGCCUGGUCAAUACCUUCUCCGUGCCGAGAUGCUGGCCCUGCACGGCGCCGGCAGCCCCGGUGGCGCCCAGUUCUACAUGGAGUGCGCGCAGAUCAACGUCGUCGGAGGCACUGGAACCAAGACCCCGUCGUCGACCGUCAGCUUCCCCGGUGCUUACAAGUCAAGCGACCCCGGCGUCACCCUGAGCAUCUACUGGCCCGUCGUCACCAAGUACCAGAUCCCCGGCCCUCCUGUCUUCACCUGCUAA